AUGGCUACCUCCACCACCUCACACCGACCCAUCAAGGGUAUACUCAAAAACAAAACUUCAACAUCUUCAGUGGAGGAUUCCGCCCAGUCAGCUGGAAGACCUGGAAACCAGGAGUUGCAACGGAAGAAAUCACAGAAGUGGGACGAAUCUAACAUACUAGCAACCCACUACCCAUCCUACAAAGACUAUGACUUGAUGAAGAAGAACGAGCCCAGCAACCCCCAUGCCAGUGUGUCACAUGAUGAAGAAGACAACGUGAGUGAAAAUCAAGGAAAAGAAGCCAUGACCCCGGAAACCUUAGCGACGAAACUGGCAGCCUCUGACACCUUUGGGACCAGUUAUCAGGCUGAGGAGCAAGAAAGCACUGCGCAUUGCAGCAAAUUCUUCCUGGACAAACAAGAGAGACAGCGGCAAUUUGAGUUGAAAAGGAAGCUACAUUACAACGAAGGAUUAAACAUCAAAUUGGCAAGACAGCUGAUAUCGGAGGAGCUACAGUCUGAAGUAGAAGAAGAUGACAACCAACAACAUCUACAUUCAAAUUAUUGA